AUGUCAUCUGGUAUCCAAUCGCUAUUGAAAACGGAGAAGGAAGCAGCCGAGAUAGUCAAUGAGGCAAGAAAAUACAGAACGAAUAGAUUAAAGACAGCAAAGCAGGACGCACAACAAGAGAUUGAAAACUACAAGAAGCAAAAAGAAGCAGAUUUGAAGAAAUACGAGCAAGAACAUGAAGGUAUCAACGAAAAAAUUGAUAAAGAGGCAGACGCUGAAGUAGAAAAAGAAUUAAAAGACUUGAAAAAACAGUUUACCGAAAAGAAACAGUCCGUUAUCAAAUUGUUAGUUGACGCCACCAUCACACCAAACCCUCAAUUGCACAUAAAUGCGGGCCAUUGA